AAUCAAAUCAAAAGAGAAAACCCCGGAUAAAUUAUGAGGGGAAAGGAAGAGACGCCACAGCUUCCUUCCACUUCCUCCUCUGCUGGUCGUCGUCGCCCACCACCUCCGGAGUCCGGAGUCUUCCCCAAAUCCUCCUCCCCUGCCGUGCUCUGCGCUGCCGCCCCUGCGGACGCUGUGAGACGUCCGUGCCCCACCUGUUUGUCCUUGAUUUGCUCCACGAGUCCAUGGCCUUGUAGACUCACAAGGUUCAGUUCAUACCUUGCAGCCCUUGAGGGUCUUCUGAGAAGUGAUAUCUCGAGGCUUCAGGGUUCUUCGAGGUGUGUGGGUUUUGGAGACAUUGCGAUUUGCGAGGCAAGCCAUCGACACCUUCAGGGUGCAGGGCUUCAAGACCUUCUGGAUUCGGACCCUUGGAGCUCUUUGAGGUGAAAGACAAGAAGGCAGCAAGGUUUUGGCAUAGUUUAACCAUAUGGAAUUACUGAUUGCUAUUUGGGCUCUAGUUUAUUGACAGAAGUGUAUCAUUGAUCAACAAGACUUAGCUCAGACCCUCUUUUCAAAUCAGUAUGAUUACUCUUACAUACAGUUGGGCUAGCAUAGAACAUCAGUCAUGAUGUCGGGCUCAAAGAAGGAAAAGAAUCUCAGCACGUGUUUCCAAUUAAGCCAGAAAUCUUAUGCUCAUUUUUGUUUGUUUUCGAAAGUCCGAUCUGCCAGCCCACCACCUGGAAAUACACCAGUUUAUCUAAAUGUAUAUGAUUUGACACCAGUAAAUGGCUAUGUUUACUGGGCUGGUCUAGGGAUAUUUCAUUCUGGCAUUGAAGUUCAUGGCGUGGAGUAUGCAUUUGGAGCACAUGACUAUUCGAUUAGUGGAGUUUUUGAGGUGGAACCUCGGCAGUGUCCUGGUUUCAAAUUUAGGAAAUCAAUAUACAUGGGAACUACAUGUCUGGAUCCUCUCCAAGUCAGAGAGUUCAUGGAGAUUCAGUCAGUAAAUUACAAUGGGGAUACCUAUCAUUUGAUAAGUAAAAACUGCAACCAUUUCUGUGAGGAUAUCUGCAAAAGGUUGACAGGAAAUUUAAUUCCAAAAUGGGUUAAUCGGCUUGCCAGAAUGGGUGCUGUUUGCAACUGCAUUCUACCAGAGUCCCUCAAGAUUGACGCAGUCCAUCAUGACCCAGAUAGCCAAGCUGAAGAUAGUGAGAAAAGAAGGCUGACAGGUGCCUUGAGUUGCUUCUCUUCAAUCUCUCUGUGCCAAAGACACUUCUCAACGUCUUCGCUCUUCCUACGUUCCCCUGCGAAAGGAACUUCUUGGGAUACAAAACAGUCGAGUUCUGCCCAAUUGAAGAAGAGCUGAGAAUUGAGGUACCCUGUACAUUGCUUUCCCUUAUUGAAGCACCAAGAUUUUUUUUAUCAGCAAUCUCUUCUACAACAGUCAUCAAAGAAGGAUACAAAGGUAUUUACAAGGUGUCGUGCAUGUCUGAGCAUUGGCUCCAGCUGUGCUUUGAAAUAUGUACAGAGUGUGUAGAAGUUGUUCUUAAACUUGAGUUCCCAGUGCAAUGAGCUCAAAGUCCUAAAAUAUUUCAGUGAUGGUUGCUCUCUAUGCCGACGCUGCCGUCUGAUAUUUUGCUCUGUUGAAAGGGUGUUCUACUUAUAGUGACAUUGGAGUGAUGGUACUAGUAGUACAUGCGUUUCGUGUGUGACUUACGGUUGUAUUGCAUCUGCGCAGGCAACAUGACGUGGUCCUUUCUGGGUUUGUACAUGAUGACUGAUUCGCUUGUGAAAUGUUGUGCUUCAUUGCUGUA